UCGCGCCGACUCCAUGAGCGGUGGGCGGAGCAGCGUGCGCUGGGGUGUUCCCUGGGGCUGCCCCUCGGCGGCGGCGCGGCUGACGUGGAGCGUCCGGGUUAGCGGGCGCGGCGAAGCUGCGGGAUUGGGGAGCGACUGGCCGGGCCGGGCCUUCGGGCCCGAGGCGGCGGCGGCGGCGGCGGUAUAAAGCCAGGGACUGGGAGCAUGUAAUGUCGGAAUGCCGAGGCCGCGGCGGCGGCAGCAGCAGCAGCGAGGACGCCGAGGACGAGGGUGGGGGCGGCGGCGGCCCCGCGGGCUCCGACUGCCUCAGCCCGAGCCCGGCCCCGGCCACAGCGUCCUCGGCUGGCCGGCUCCGUCACGGGCUGCGCGGCGUCUCCCUCAUGGCGUGCCGGCGGCCAGAGCUGCUCUGCGGGGCCGUGGCGCUCGGCUGCGCGCUCCUCCUCGCGCUCAAGUUCACCUGCAGUCGAGCAAAAGAUGUGAUAAUACCAGCAAAACCACCUGUCAGCUUUUUCUCCCCGAGGUCUCCAGUCCUUGACCUCUUCCAGGGGCAGCUGGACUAUGCAGAGCAUGUUCGCCGGGAUUCAGAGGUGGUACUGCUGUUCUUCUAUGCCCCCUGGUGUGGGCAGUCCAUCGCCACCAGGGCAGAAAUUGAGCAAGCAGCAAGUCGGCUUUCAGACCAGGUGUUGUUUGUGGCAAUUAACUGUUGGUGGAACCAGGGGAAAUGCAGAAAACAGAAACACUUCUUUUAUUUUCCUGUAAUAUAUCUGUAUCAUCGGAGUUUUGGACCAAUCGAAUACAAAGGCCCCAUGAGUGCUGUUUACAUUGAGAAGUUUGUCCGCCGGGUGAUGAAACCACUUCUCUACAUCCCAUCUCAAUCAGAGUUACUAGAUUUUCUCUCAAACUACGAGCCUGGAGUACUCGGGUACUUUGAGUUCAGUGGCUCACCCCAACCUCCUGGUUAUUUGACCUUCUUCACCUCAGCAUUACAUUCAUUAAAGAAAGAUUACCUAGGAACAGUACGAUUUGGGGUUAUCACAAAUAAACAUCUUGCGAAACUGGUAUCCUUAGUACACUCUGGAAGUGUGUAUUUACAUAGACAUUUCAACACAUCACUUGUCUUCCCCAGGGAGGUCCUGAACUACACAGCCGAGAACAUCUGUAAGUGGGCCUUAGAAAACCGGGAGACACUCUUUCGGUGGCUACGGCCACACGGAGGCAAGAGUCUCCUGCUGAAUAAUGAGCUGAAGAAAGGACCGGCGCUGUUUCUAUUCAUACCUUUUAAUCCCCUGGCCGAAAGUCAUCCUUUAAUAGACGAGAUCACCGAAGUGGCCUUGGAGUACAACAACUGUCAUGGGGACCAGGUGGUGGAGCGUAUUCUUCAGCAUCUGCGGCGGGUGGAUGCUCCAAUGUUGGAGUCCCUAGCCCUGGAACCGCCAGCUCAGCUGCCAGACCCACCGCUGAUCACAGCAUCCCCCUGCUGCAACACUGUGGUGCUGCCCCAAUGGCAUUCCUUCUCCAGGACCCACAACGUCUGUGAACUCUGUGUCAACCAGACCGCUGUGGGUGUGAAGCCGAGCUCGGUCAGCAUGCCACAGUGCAGCUUUUUUGAAAUGGCAGCAGCUUUGGAUUCUUUCUACCUCAAGGAGCAGACCUUUUAUCAUGUGGCAUCAGACAGCAUAGAAUGCAGCAAUUUUUUAACCUCCUAUAGCCCCUUCAGCUACUACACUGCAUGUUGCAGGACCAUAAGCAGGGGUGUGGCAGGCUUCAUUGAUUCUGAACUUGAAGCCCUUACCAUUGCAUUUUCUUCCUUUGAGAAGAAAUGUGAGGUUGAUGCCCCAAGCUCCAUUCCUCACAUUGAGGAGAACAGGUAUCUCUUUCCAGAAGUAGACAUGACUAGCACAAACUUCACAGGCCUGAGCUGCAGAACCAACAAGACUCUCAACAUCUACCUUUUGGAUUCAAAUUUGUUUUGGUUAUAUGCGGAGAGACUGGGUGCUCCAAGCUCCACUCAGGUGAAAGAAUUUGCCACAAUUGUUGACAUGAAAGAAGAGUCUCACUACAUUUUGGAUCCAAAGCAAGCAUUGAUGAAGCUCACCCUAGAGUCUUUUAUUCAAAACUUCAGCGUUCUGUACAGUCCCUUGAAAAGGCAUCUCAUUGGAAGUGAUUCUGCCCAGUUCCCGUCUCAGCAUUUAAUCACUGAAGUGACAACUGAUACCUUUUGGGAAGUAGUCCUUCAAAAACAGGACGUUCUCCUUCUCUAUUAUGCUCCAUGGUGCGGCUUCUGUCCAUCUCUCAAUCACGUCUUCAUCCAGCUAGCUCGUAACCUGCCCAUGGACACAUUCACUGUAGCAAGGAUUGAUGUGUCUCAGAAUGACCUUCCUUGGGAAUUUAUGGUUGAUCGUCUUCCUACUGUCUUGUUUUUUCCCUGCAACAGGGAUAACACCUGCCUGGUCUAUGCCUCCCGCCACCCUCUCUCCUGCACCUCUGGCCCACAGGGCCUGCUGAGGCGCCUGCCCUCCCCUGGGGCUUCUGGACAGGAAGGUAAGUCAGUAUCAGUUCAGAAGGGGAAGUGUGUGUGUUUAGGGGUGGGGGUAGUUCACGGAAAGGAAGUACAAAAUCAAACAAUGGCACCAUGACCUGGGGUAGUAGGAGCAAAGCCAGGUGGGCAGGCCAGGUCAAAGGGCCCCAGUUCAACCAGGACUAAUGAGGAAACUGAGGCACUGGCAGCCCCAGCUCAAAGGGAUUCUCUAAGAGGAGUGGUGACCUCAAAACCCUGUCUGCUGCCCUCACCUCAGGCCAGGAGACAUGGGCAGAACCAGGUGGGGCAGAGCCCAGGGACUGAGCCACAGUCAUGCCUGGCCUGUGGUCUGGCCCUCCCAAGUGCAUAUCUGUUCCUUUGUUCACUUAGCAAAUGUUUCCUGAGAAACCAUCUUUGCAAAAAUGUGAUAGCAUAAUCCCCACUCAGAACCCUUCCUGGCACCAGAAGAGAAUCCAACCCUCCUGCCUCCCCAGGUGUCCCCACGCCCUCUGCUGCGAGCCCACACUCCCACCUCUGCCCUGACUGCCCCGUGGCUGGAGCCUUCCUAUUGGGGACUUUCUCAGAAGGCGCCUCUUAUAGGCUGCCCUUCCAGACCACCCUGGCCCCAGACCCUUCCCUCCCACGUCCCCACUGCAGCCUUGCCCUGCUUCAUUUGUCCUCCGCGCUACCUGCCCUUCUCUAGGCUCAGGGGAUGUCCCCUGGCUGUGUCUAACUCCCCGAACUGGACUCCAAGGCUGUCAGAAGAGGGCACCAUCUGUCCCGCCUAUGGCUGUACCCUGCCCUAGCACGGGCACACAGUAGGUGCUCACACUCAGUAAAUGUCAGCUAAGUGUUCCCAGCCUGAGGAUGCAGUAAGUUAGAGGAGACCCUGUUCCCAAGGGGAUUACAGGUGGGGGUCUGUGACACCCAGAGCACUCACAGGCCCCUGAGCACAGGCCCCCGAGCACAGGCCAUGUUUUGUCCCACGAGACUCAAGCCGGCAGCCUGCGUGGGAGGACAGGCCUACGCCCAAGUGCGGGGGCAGAGCGGUGAAUGCCAGGAUUCAGGCAGGCUGAGCCCAUGGAGGGGCAAGCUGGCUCCAUGCUUGCUGGCAGGCAGGGAGGGAAGGGGGUGACCGAGAAGCAGAACCCGGGGAAACUCAGAGCAUGGAGGGCAGCAGGUCCCCACGAGCCCCUGUGCCUGGCUGGACCCCACCCGCCUGCUCUCUCUUUCCAGCCCCUCUGACCAAAGCUGUGUCUUGCAAGCUGGGUAACCCCUCACCCUGAUCCAGUCAAGCCCACAGGAUGCAGGGGACAGGGACAGGCCACAGCUUGGGCUGGGGAGAUGCCCAGGCUGGCACAUGGGAAUCCUUGCCGGCCUGACAGCCAUCAGGACAGCAGCUCACAUUCACUCCCACCAGCGUUGAAUCCAGCAAGCCUGCAGCCGCCUCUGCUCACCCAAGCCAUCUCCAUCUGGCAGGUGAGGAAACUGAGGCACAUGCAGGGAGGUAAAGUGAAAAGCUAGAAGGCAGGAUGGGAGCGCAGAGGGGAGCCCGGCAGCACUCAGGGAGGUGUCUUCUAAGUGCAGAGGGACCCAAAGCGUAGCCUGGGCAGGUUGGAGUAUCCCCUCUGCCUGGCAUUUGAAGCCCCAGGCCAUGUGGAUCCCCCAAACAUACACCCUCCUGCUCCAUGUGCCCUCAGUCCUGCCAUCCUCUGCCAAGGGGGUCCUGACUCUCGGAUCACACCCACCCACCAUAAAAGCAAGCUCCAAGGCCCAGGCUCUCCAGUCUGUACAAUCCCCCCACCCCAGCACCCUCAACCCCAGCAGGGGUCAGCGGCAGCACAGAACACAUUGUGUCUCCAGGCAGAGCCCACACUCAUCCCACAGAAUCACAACAGCAAGACAAGCCUGAGCCACGAAAGGUAAUCGGGGCCCACACCACCCUGGGCCACUCCCCCAGCCACCCAAGCUUGCAGAUGUUACUGACAUGGUCCUGCCUAGGCCCACAGAGAUCAGUAACUGGGCCCCCAGGAGCAUGGGGGCAGAACCAGGGAUGAACACCACCCAGUCAGAGCCAUUCAAAUGGACAGUCCCUGGCCCAGCUACCAGUGAGGGGAGGGAAGGAGAGGGGAGCAGAGAGGAUCGGAGGGCAGCAGAGGGGAGGGGUCACCUCUGGUCCUGUUUUCCCUCCCAGGGCCCCAGCUUGUCUUCUAGGUCCUCCCCAGUAUUGGAGGGGAGGGGUCUACUUAUCCCUGCCCCCUCAUGGGAUCCCCAAACAGCCUGAUCCUGCUCGACAGGCCACUCCAGGUGCUCCAGGCCCUGGGGGGCCCACAGCCCACAGCCCAAAGCAGAGCAGGCUGGAGUGUCCUCCAUCCUCCCAGCCUGGGACUCGCCUUUGUGCCCUGCUUCUGCCCAGCCAAACAACCUGCUCCUCUUGGCCUCAGUUUCUCAAUGUGCAAAGUGGGUAUGAGUCCCUGACCUCAUCUACCAGAUUGUGGGGAGGAUGAGAAGUGGUAAGAAAAGUGAAAACAGAAGGGCCGCGGGGACACCAGAUUUGCAUGUCAUCAGCCAUACCUUUCUGUGUGCCGCAGAGGGAACACUGAGCCCGAGGGACCCCAAGCCCACCCCCAGGACCGGAAGGGCACAGAGCCUGGCCCAGGCCCAGUGCCACAAAUACCCUUUCUCCAGGGACAUGCUGCCUCCUCCUAACUCAGCUGGGAACAUCACGAGUGCUACCGGGCUCACCACCAGCAAAACACCCCCGCCUGGCAGCCGUCACCUCCUGAGGCUCCUCGAGGGACGCCAGGAGGGCUGCCCUGCUUACAGGGGCCAGCCAUCCCCACGGGGCUUCCAGCACUGGCCCCAUAAAGCCACCUGCCAAGGGUGCCAAAAAACUUCAGUGAACCCCAGUUCACAAACCAGAAACAUUUCCUGCCCCAGGUUCUGACUGGGAAAACAGGGAUGUAGGGAGAAGAGGGCACUGCUGGACAUAGGAUGAGGCGGGACAUCCGCUCUGCCCUGGGCCAGAGCACCAGUGGGACACAGGAUUCAUCACACAAGGCCCCAGACCUCCAGAAGCCAGGAGCAAGAGCAGCCGGAUGCCAGUGGAAGCCAACAUUGAUGGGGCUGUGCCCAGCUCUCUGGCCAGUGUCAUCUCAACCUCCACCCCCACCCAUGACACCUCCUUCCUCAGAAGAGGAAACUCGCUCCAGAACCCCCUAGCUUCCCCGGUGGCAAAAGAGGAAGCCAGAGCCUGCAGAGCGCUGAUAUGGGACUGCCCCAAGGUCAGUCGGGGUCUUCCUGGGCCAGGAGGCUCAUGCCCCCACUCUGUGAAUCACCCACUGGUCAUUUUCACAAGCCGCCCCAGGGUUGGUCUGUUUGGCCAAACAACUAUGCUGGUAGAUGCCCCAGAAAGUUGGUGGCAAUUAGAUGUGCCAGACACUGAGCUAAACAGUUCAUGCAGACAUCUCCUAUCUGCCUCAAUUACCGUUCCCUCUCGGCAGAUACAGAAAUCAGUGGUUCAGAGAAGUUAAGUCCACUGCCCAAGGUCACACAGCUCGAAAGCAGACACGCAGAUUCAAACGCAGGCAACCUGCAACCCAAAUCCCGAAUUUCGACCCUGACUCUAAAAUGCCACAUUCGGCCGGGCAUGUGGCUCACGCCUGUAAUCCAAGCACUUUGGAGGCGAAGGCAGGCGGAUGACCUAAGGUCAGGAGUUCAAGACCAGCCUGACUAACAUGGUCAAACCCCGUAUUUUAAAAUAAAUAAAUAAAAUGCCACAUUCUGCUCACCUCCUCUCCCAAG